CUUGGCACUUCCUCUCCUGGCUUCACCCCCGUCUUCCAUCCUUUCUACGAAGGUUCGGCCGUCCACUAGUCGGGUUAUAGACAAGCCCGGUGACGCAAAGGUUUGACUCAGGAGGGGACGGGCUAAUACUUGCAAGGAUCCCCUCGCUGGCAUUCAUGAAGGCGCGUUGAAAGCGAAACAUGACGUUUGCAGUCAUGAUGCGGAUACUUUUAUGUCUUCUCAGCGCACCGGCGUUUACACGUGAGACCGUUACGUCCCGCAGAGAGACAUCAAGCAGUCCAAAAGUUCUUCUGACGAUAUUGGGUAAAGAAUGCAAGUUUCCUUUUCGCCAAGGAGGACAAAUUCAUCAUAGCUGCAUCACGGUCAUUGUCUCCAGACCUUGGUGCUCUCUAACAUCUAAUUUCGACCGGGACCGUCUGUGGGGUUACUGCGCCCUGGAGCAACAACAUACCAAUGGCUCCGUCCACACGUCACGAAGAAUCAUCAAUCCAUGUAAGGAAAAGCCGUGUCGCAACGGAGGCACCUGCAUCCCACACAAUCUAGCAUUUGAGUGUCUGUGUCCCGAGAAGUUCUCUGGAAGAAUUUGUGAGCACAAAAAGUGCUAUGAAACUGUACACCUGCACUAUUAUGUUGAGGGAGAGUCUUGGGGUCGCAUUUACCUUCGCAACGUAGAGCAGUGCACAUGCAUCCAUGGUCAAAUCGAGUGUCAGCGAGUCCGUUACACCACGUGUCGCUCCAACCCGUGCCAGAAUGAUGGAACGUGCCGGAUGAUCAUAGCCACCGGCAAGGAAGUGUGUAACUGCCGAAAGAGCUACAGCGGACCGCUCUGUAGCUUUGAGCCCGAUAGCGAGUGCUACAGCAGUCGAGGUACAAACUACAGGGGCGUGGUGUCUUCCACGGCGUCCGGCACCCAAUGUCUGCCGUGGAACUCAGACCUGCUCUACAAUGAGCUUCACGUGGGCACUGUGCUGGCAGCUCCCCUCAGGGGCCUCGGGGAGCACGCUUACUGCAGAGUAGAGUCGCUGCUCCUUUUCACGUCGAGAGGAUCCAGCUGA